AUGGUGGUCACCAGGUCCGCGCGGCCUCGGGCCGACAUCCAAGCUACGUCGCCCGAACGCUCCAGGCGGAAGAAUUCUGAAAGAAUUCAGUCGAAUCCAAAAGGCAGGAAGGAAUCUCCAUCUGAUGACUCAAGUACUGCUGAAUCACAGAGCAAUAGGAAACAAAGACCAACCCCUAAAACUGGGAAGAGGAAGAGCAGAACUAGAGCCUCACUAUCAGAAAUGAACAAACCAGAUACUGAUGGAGAGACCUCUGAAGCAGAGUCAAGUUUUUGUUCUGUAUCUGAGCCCCAGAAUUCCAUUUUAAGAAUAACUAGGAGGAGGCAAAUCUUAGUUGCAUGCACCCCAGUGUCCAGUGUUAGGAAAAGGCUGAAAGUAACUUCAAUAAGUGAGUCUCAUACUGAAGAAGAAGUCUCUGAAGCAGAAUCGCAUGUUUCAGGUAUUUCUAGAAUUGUGCCUUCUACAAGAACCAGAAGUAAGGCUAAAUCCCUAACAGAGCCAAGCCAAGAAUUACAUUCAGAAGCUAUUUCUGAUGCUGAAUCAUCAUGCUCAGAAAUGUCUACAUUUUCUGGAAUUUCGACCAGAACAACAAGGAGUAUGCAGAGGAAAUUACAGGCACAAACAGAGGAGAAAGAUACUGAAAUUAUACCAGGAAAUGACAAUCAACUAAUAAAUACAUCUAUGAAUUCAGAUACUAGACAAACUUCUUGUUUACAAGCAAGAUCUCUUUCUCAGAUAAAUAAGCCAAAUUUCUCUAAUGAAAUCUGUAAUGACAUGGAUAAUGAUUCCUUCCAUGGAAAGUCAAGAAAAAAAACAACAGUGCAAAAAUGCCAACGUCUUAAUAUAAAAAAGGAAAAACAGGCCAAUGUUGCACCUCUCAAAGAAAUAACAAAGCAGAAUUGUAAGAGUUUAGAUGAAGAAGCUGAAGGAAGGAUAGAUAAGGGGAAAGAAAUUGAGAAAAAUUCUGAGUUGAGUUUUCCUGAACUUCAGGACACUGGCCUUCAGCAGUUAGUUUCUCAAAGGCAUUCGACCCCCCAAAAUAACAAAACUACAUCAAAGCCCUCAAGUCUGAACUCUGAGGCUAUAAUGAAAUCAUUAGCUCAAACAUUUGCAGUUGUGGAAAUAGACAGAUGGACUGAAGAGAGAAAGCGCACCCCAAAAAGAAGUGACUUCACAUCUAGCGAUGACGGUGGUAGUGAUGAAGAAGAGUGCACAAUUAUCGCUGAUAGUGAGGACGUGAAUGAGGAAAGAGAAGGAGGUUUUGUGGGUGAUACCAAACUGUACAAGUCUGAGCUCAACACAUCCCAGGAUGAUUCUGUUUUGUUACUUCUCAGCAGUGAUGAAAGCCAGCAGUCUGAAAACAGUGAGGUUGAAGAGGACACUAUGUGUUUUGUUGAAAAUAGUGUUCAAAAGGGCUCAUUACAUGGAGACUCAGAAAAUAAGUUAUGUGACAAUGCAUUGUUUGUAAUUGACACAACUCCUGGAUUAAGUGCUGAUAAAAAUUUUUACUUGGAUGAGGAAGACAAGGCAAGUGAGGUUGCCAUUGAGGAAGAAAAAGAAGAGGAGGAUGAAAAAACUGAAGAACCAUCAGACCAAGAUGAAAAUGAAGAUGAGUUUAGUGAUGAAGAUGACUUACUAAGUGGCACAACGUCUAAGCUUCUGAAGUUGACAAGCAGCAGCAUAGACCCUGGUCUGAGUAUCAAGCAGUUGGGUGGUUUGUAUAUAAAUUUUAAUGCAGACAAACUACAAUCAAACAAGAAAACCCUAACACAGAUCAAGGAGAAAAAGAAAAAUGAGAUUAUGCAGAAAGCCAUCAUUACUCCUGAUUUUGAAAAAAACUACUGCGUCCCACCAUAUCGUGAAUCAAAACAUCAGCUUCAAAAACAACGCAGAAAAGAACGACAAAAAACAGCAGGUGAUGGCUGGUUUGGUAUGAAAGCUCCAGAAUUAACAGAUGAACUAAAAAAUGAUCUCAAAGCACUGAAGAUGAGAGCUGGCAUGGAUCCAAAAAGGUUUUAUAAGAAAAACGACAGGGAUGGCUUCCCUAAGUACUUCCAGAUUGGCACCAUUGUUGACAAUCCAGCUGACUUCUAUCAUUCACGAAUUCCCAAGAAGCAAAGGAAGAAAACUAUUGUGGAAGAACUACUGGCUGAUUCUGAGUUUAGAAGAUAUAAUCGAAGGAAGUACUCAGAGAUCAUGGCUGAAAAAACAGCAAAUGCAGCAGGAAAGAAGUUCCGAAAGAAGAAGAAAUUUCGCAAUUAA